AUGUCUCACUCUUGGCGUCUAGUGAAAUUAGCCUGUUUACCCACCGCUGCUAUUGGUGAGUAUUUCGGCGAUUGGUUGUCAUCUUCCCGACAAGCCGAGAUGAUUGUCGUGCACCGAAUCCUCUGUCCCCUGAGACGGCUCGGUUCAGCCCGAGUUCCAGUUGUUGAAAACCUGACAAGAAUGCCUCACAGACGUGAUGUGCACUGUCAGUCACCCCAGAUCUACACCAAGCGAUUCUGGAAGACUACUACGUCUGGUUGUAUGGCAAAAAUUGCAAGUGCACAAGAGCUUCAGCAGGCCUUCCAAAGUUAG